AUGGAGAAGCGAAGCGAGAACGGCUGCGAGGCAGCCCUCGGGGUGUCCCGGUUGUCUCCUUCGGUGGCGCCUCCAGAGGGCUCCGAAGCGGGCAGCGUGAACGGGUUCGGCGCUUCUUUUUGCAACGGGGACGGCAAGUUAGACAAGCCUCAGUCUGAAGGGCGAAGCCUGCGCGAGAGGGCCUGCCGCCUCUCUCGUCACCUUUCUGAUCAAGAGGACAAGCAGUCUGUGUGUGCACCAGAUGCCUCCUUUACUUCUAGUGCGCCCGCCGCUGCAUCGGUCUCCAAGGCUGGAGACUCAGGCGGGCACGGGGUCGUGCCUGAAGGGGCGUGCGGAGGCGCAGCGAACAUGCGAGACCGUCCUGAUGACAACGUCGGCGCACUGCUUCGCUCCUCCAGCGAGAAAAAGGGCCUGUCUCUUCCGGCGCAUGGCCUCGCCGCGUCUGCCUUUCCCGCUCCACAUUAUGCGUCCACGUCCUCGCCUUCCUCCGCUGUCGGAGGAAGCAGGCUGAAAGUGUCGCUUUCCUCUUCACAGGUCGCAGCGUCUCCCUCUGCCGGCCGCCGCCCACACACAGCCCUCUCGUCAGUCUCCGUCUCGCGCCGAGGCGUGUGCACCUCGAUGGGUGCAUGCUUUGAGCCGGCAGCGACUGCGGACGCGGCGCGCGGGAGCGAAUGGCUACUUCACAGCCGCGACAGAGCUCUCAGUUUAGAGUUCGCUCGAGGCUGGCCUGCCGCUCAGUCCAGACGGGCAGGUGAGGACGCGCAAACGCCUUGGACGUCGCGGAGUUCGUGGAGGAGCCACGACCUGCAUCCCGUCGCCAGUGCUUCUAGGAGGAGAGAAUGGGCCGUCACGCCUGAGGCCCGUCCCUUCUCGCGUGCACUUAGCAGUGGACUCGGCAGCGGGACUCUCGCGUCCACUCCUGCUGAAGGCGGGGACGACCGACGGGCAUCCCGAGCACGGGAGAAAUGCAACAGGUCUGUUUCGGCAUCCACGGCACCCGUCGCGUCUCAAGGCGCCCACGUGCUAGCCGGCUCCGGAGGCGAGACAGCGAGCGCCCGCCUCAGGCUCAGUCGAGACGACAAGAGAUGCCAGGAGCGAGCUGAGGAGGAGGGCGCCAGAUGCGUUUCUUCGCCCGCCGGGACGUCGUUCUCACACAGCCUUUCGUCGUCUUCUCGGGACUUUAACACUUCUCGCGGAGAGACAGGCUGUCUGUACCACACACUGUCGCUUGCGUCUCCGCCGCAGAUGGCGUCCGUGAGGAACACGUCGCCGCGAGAGACAGUCUUCACCCCAGAGGGCCCCGGUCCGCCUCGCACGGGACACGCGGGGCGCGGCUUCUAUCAAGGGCAUCGAAGGAAGGGGGAGGCAGGGUUGACGUCCCCCGGCGGCCAGGCGACGUCGCCCUCUUCCCAGCUCCUUGGCAAAAUUGACGCAGCCUACAGGGCUGUGAAGAACUGGGUCGAAGACAGCUUUCUCGUCGACAUCAAUCGAGCUCUUCUAUAUCCAGCCCCGUCUCCUCAGUCCACAGAAAAGGCAGGCAAGAGCCGCGAGGAGGCAGCUGCGAACAGGCCGGCGUCCCUCCGAAAAACGGAGAGAAGGACACGACGGGGGCCCUUUUCCAUUCCAGCAUACGACGAGAGCACGGCGCUCACGUUGUCGCCCUCAGUCGGGCUCAGCCCCGCGUACGCGGGCAGCUCCGGCGUCUCCGUCCACGGGCGCGACAGGGGAGACGGGUCAGCCUGGCGGCAGCUCAGGGCUGGAGACGAAGAAGGGCGAACGCCUUCGCCCUUCUUGCUUGCCUCACGGAGGAGGGGUCCCGAGGCGUCUCCGAUCGGCUUAGACGCCGCUGGAGGCAUCUCUGGCUCUCUCUCUCCGCAGACGGAUUCACAGCGACGCCGAGAGGCCGCGACGCCACACUCGCUCUCCCUGGAUUCUCUUCGCGGCAACCGGCAAACGGCGCCGAAGUAUGCUGCAGAGAAGGGCCGAGGUAGACACAGCGUCUCAUGUUUUGAUCAAAAACGUGCGCAUACAUGGCGAUUGGGGGACGUGGAAUUCGAAAACGUGGAGUCUGCGGCAGAACAGGAUAACAGGCACGAAGGGGAGGCUGAGGCAGAGCAAGAGGACACAGCAGGGGCGUCGUCUCUCACACGCCCAUGUCCUCGCGGAUCCAUGGAGACGCACACCUUCUUGUCCCAUGGAUGGGGGCAGCCUGAGCAUACAGGCGAUGAAGGAGGUAAGGCAGAGCGGAAGGGCGCGAGCACACAUAAGCAACAGGUAGGCCUUCCGCCCGGGAGCGAGGAUCCUCACGUCCUACGGGAGCAGGUUGUGGAUCUCUGGCGUCGAACUGAGAGGGACAACAACUUAUUCGCCGCGGACGGCUUGUCCUUGGAGGCCAAAAGCCUCAAAGAGCCUCUGCCAGGCCCUCGCAGACUGUGGCGCUCGAAAACGGAGUCUGCAGUUGCUUCGUGGGAACCUGAAGAGGGUCUGUGCGUCGCGAAUGGUGGCGACACUCAUUCAGCUGCUCUCGACGCGUGCCCGAGAACUAGGGGCCCUCGGCCGGCUAGGCGCCCAAAGGCGUCGUGGCCCGGGUCGUCACAGGCCGAAGAAGCCGAGCGAGACUUGAGGCUGAAUACCCGGGUUUUCUCGCGGCUGCUAUCGCGCGUGUCCGUCUCCCUGCCGCGAAACUUCGGUCGCCGCUUGCGCUGGAGGGAGCGUCGAGCGCGGGCAAACAGCGACGCCCGAACGGAUUCUGAAGCGGGGGAGUGGACAGGAGCCGACAGAGAUCACGUGACCCGGCACGCGGCACGACAGUCACCCCCGCGUUCGCCAAAAACCCAUGACCCACUGACAGCUGACCCUCAACCAAGCGUGCGGGACUCCCCAGGCGAAAUCACGGCUGAGGCCGAAGAAACCGAUCCUGACGCCUGGAGGUUAGCGAAGAAUACCGCGGCAGCUCGUGCGCCGCCAGAGGACGAUCGCAGCAAUUCCAGCAAUGCCUGGGCCGCCGUGGCUGCUUUCAGUUCGCUCCCUGGGCGUAGGCGCGACAGAGGACCCUACUUAGGCGUUCGCGGCUUCAGACGUGCGGCUUCAGUGUCCUCGCUCACCUCUACUCGGAAGGCGGAGCUGCCGCCGGACUCGAUCGAAACCGACUACAUCUCGUCACCCGUCAUUCCCUUGACUCCGUCUUGUCAGUUCACGCCUGGUAAAUCCCUAGCCCAUUCUUCCUGCACUUCGUUCCACCGCGGCGUUUCCUCGACUCCGUCCGGAGGCCCUGAGGCUCUUGCUGGCCCUUCUCCAUUUUCUGAAGCAUCUGCAGAUAGACAGAAAUCGAGAAUGCCCACUCCUCUGCUUUCCUCUUCCGCCUCUCGACAGUCUCACCUGUCUCCUUUCCCGUCUCCGUCUGCCCUCCCGUCGUCAUCGGUUCCGCGUCACGUGGACCGCUCAGCCGCCGCCUCCGAGGCGUGCGACCCCCUGGGGCUCCGACCGGACUUCGCGGUCUCCUGUGUACAUCUGGAAAACGAUGUGAUGGGUGGGCAGCGCCCGCUUGCCGCCUCAGCGCCGCAGAACGAACUCAAGCGACUAUCGCUGUCUUCUUCCCCUCCGGAAUUUCUCUUUUACCUUCGACGCAAACCAGCCCUCGAAUUUGAAGACCCGUCAGUAGAAAAGGCCUACGGGCUCUACCUAGCGAAAAUGCGCAGGCCGCGACUAGUUGCUAUUGGUCUUGUUCUUAUUCUUCUUAAUAUGAUGUAUGACAUACCUGAAUAUAUGUCCUCGUUUCACCAGGAGCGAGGCAGAGACCCGACUGAGGCGCACGACUCGAAGUCAUAUGAGCGCAGUCCUCUCCUGGGGGUCACGCCCCCUUUCGCUCGGACUGUGAAACCAUACGAGACAGGUAUAGCGACGACCGACGGCCAGGAGCCUGAGGGAGAUGGAGCGGCUAGCACAGGAUCGCUGCCUCCCGCUUCAGCAAGCGUACUUAGGCAUGCAGGCACCAGCAUGGCGGACCAACGACGAAAUGCAGACGGGAUAGAGGACAGACGAUACGACAAAUCGUGGACCUCUGGUACAUCUGCAAACGCAGAAAAUGAACAUAAAGAACCGAUUCGCGAGAGUCCUGACGGAAGCGAAGGCCGUCCGGGGCGGAAGCCAGAACUUCAAGAGAGCAGCGGGACCUACGGACGGCGCUUUCUCCAGGAGAAAUUUCGAAACGCAAAGCGGAGGUUAGCAGACCUCGAUCUGGAGACAGAGAGCACGAAGCCAGCGAAUGACGCCUGGAGUCGUAAAGCGCGGUUAAACAUUCCUCAGCACCAUCCAUACCGACGGCUUUCUGGUUAUUCUCUAGAGGAAGGGGAUGGACGCGAGACGGCAAACAUUGCAGCCGUGGAGCCAUCGGAGUUCGUGCCAAAGCGCAGCGGUGCUCCAAGUAUAGCUCAAAGAAACAGGGAUAGCUGGCCUCGUAGGCUGUCAUCUCUGGCCUCGCUUCCAAGAGCAGACUGGGCUCGCAGUUCUGCAGCAGAAGUAGCGACUCAAGAACUACCCGCCCGAUCGGCGUUUGCUUACCCAUUUUCACCGCGGAUGGCGUCUCUGUGGAUCUCGUUCGACGUUGUAGAACUCACGUUUCAGCUGGGAGUCACCUUCGCCAGUCACCUGCCCUUCCUUAAAACGCACACCGAAAAAUGCAUUUCGGUCGCCUUGACUUCCGUGACGUUUCUGUCUUCGUUGAAACCCGUCCUCAUUCUCGGCCGCGAGGCCUACCUACGGAGACAAGGAGAGGGGCAUUCGCUCAGUGCAGACGCAGGCCUCAGCGCCGGACGAGCCUCCGAAGGAACGGGCAAACUAGACGCCCUUACAGGAGAGGCGUACCUUCUGUCUCUCCAGACGUGCUUGACAGCGGUCUUUCUCCGCGCAAUUGUCGGCUGCGUGUUCGUGGAUCUUGUCGGCCUCGUCCGCCGUCACCAGCUUCUUCAUCUGCACAAACUGCUCUCGCUUCUUCUCCUCGCGCUCCUCCUCCUCUUUACCUUCGUAGGCGCAUACUGUCUCCAUCUCCCCUCUGCGCUCUUUUGCUACGCGUGGUGCCUAGGCGCAACCAGCUGGUUGGUGGUGGCGAGCUGCGCGAUGGGUUCGUCCUUGAGCGAACUGAUGCAUAGAAAGACAUUCUAUAGCGUCGUUUCCGUUGGAAGCUAUCGAGGCAGUCCGGUUGCUGGAAAGCCUGACGAGGAGGACCGCGGGGAUCUCCUGCCGCUCUUCAGCGGGAAAACCGUGCUGGAGCAGCUGACUGAGCUUGUCAAAACAAUGGAGGCGACCUUGGCGCAAGUCGACAUGUGCCGCCUUGACAACCACACAUGCUCGGCGUUUGCCCAUAUUCACUCGCUGCAGACAAAGUGUCUGGAUAUCUUAACAUCCGGGAGAGAUGUAUACGCUGUCAAAUGGGAUACGCAAACUGUGCCAAGGGAAAUACAUGUGCUGUGCUCUCAGCACUUGGAACACAGUUACACUCAAGUCACCGCUAACGUGCUCACUUCGUCGAGUGGGGCGUUCAGCUCACCAGAAGCCGCCGGCGCCUCUGCUGGCCUUGAAGAAGAGUCGAGAGAUGGGGAAGACGACAGCGACUUCAACAAGGAAGGAAAUAAGCGAAACGAAGGUUCGGAGGACUGCAGCGGCGACAACUUAGAAGCAGGGUACUGGAGAGGCCGGGCACAGAAAGGCAGAGAUGGAGACUCUUCGGGGGCUGCACCGAAGGACCGUGAGCCAGCGGAGAAAGAGAGAGGGGACUGCGGUGAACAACAUGACGCAGGCCAGCAGAGAGGCGCGGGUGCCGCUGAUCUGAAGGCCGUGACUAAAAGAGAGAGCGCCUGCGUCAAACGGAAUACCGAGAGGGAAGAUGCCACAAGCAGGGACAAGACGCAUGAGAGGUGCGAGCAACAUUGGAGAAGCCCAAAAUGUUUCCAAGAAGAAACAAAGACGCUGCGUUUACCUUCCGGACAAACUAGACAGGGUGAUGGACGCCGGCCCCAAACCCCCGCAUUCUCAUGUUCCCCCCCAUGUCGUCUCGCCAUCGUCGUAGACAUCCCGGCAUCUAUCCACUCUCCAUCCUCGCUACGUCAGGAUCUUUCUUACAGCCGCAGACAGAGCAGCUCGCAGGGCGGCCGUCACGAGACAGCUCGCCAAUUAGUUCGUUUUUCUUCAUUCGCCUCUCCCAGCAGUCUCGAGCGACGAACUUUGACACGGCAGAAUACAGAGAAACUGGAACUUGAUGGAAGGGGAAAGACGCAUAACGUAGCGGAGUCAGCGCCCUCGCUAACCGGAAGUCGUGCCCUGAAGCAGGAUACGGCAGUUGUGCCCGGCGGUUGUGAGGCGUCUAACUCAGCACUAGAUAUUCGGGAAAGGCAUCUCUCUAACCGGAGGCCUAGUUCACCGAGUAAGGAGGCUGGACAGAGGAACAAAGCAAGCGGCUGUUCAAACGAAGAGGGCGAUACGACGGGAGUAGGAGACACCUUUGCUGCCGCAUUUUCAAGGGAAGAUUCAACAGACUGGCUGCGUGAAUCGCCGCGGAAACGCACCCCGAUCACAGGCGGGAAUCAGGAAUGCGACCAAGCAGAGGCGCCUCCGACGGAGACAGAGGGAAACCCUGGUCUCCCUUUCCCUUCUUACCCUCCGCUUUCACCUCCUCUGAGGCCUGUUUUGUUACCGUUCCCCCUGGCAUCCAAAGGCAGCACUAGAGCGUACACGCAAGACGAAAGCUCGUGUGGACAUGCCUGUCGAAAACGGUCUAAUGAGACAGAGCCGGAACUCGCGGCACCGUCGCCCUUUCAUGCCGCGAGAAAAGGAGAAAAAAAGGACACCGGGAGCGAGCGGGUGCGAGAGGGGGAUGAGCAUCGAGACAAAGGCGUCAAGCUGCCCGAUUCACCUCACGCAUCGCAAUUCCUUUACUUCUCCAGCGAUUCAUCUACCUCUGGCAGGGCACGCGGCAACGAGCAACUAACGCGCUUGCGUAGCCCACGCAUUGUCGAAAAGGGAAACAUCCUGACUUCUUAUGUCGCGACUCGUUCCUCCACAGCUUCUGACAGCCACGGCAAGGCGACUCAGCCUGGAGGACGCGGAGAUGGAGAAGCAGUCGCCUCAGACGACUCCCGAGAGUCACAAGCGAUCCAUCGUCGACUACUUGGCCGUAUGAGCUUGCCUCCUGAUGCAGGCGAUGUAGGUGCCGCUAAGCGGAGUUCCAACGGAGAGAUGGAUAUAGAGAGAAGAGACAGGAGGAGGGAAAAGGUGCAAGUAGAUCAGCGGGCAGCGAAGUUUAACCCGGGCGAUGAACGAUGCCUUGACGACCUCCUGCGACGACCGAAGGUCGCAGCAGGUCUUGCCUCGGUUGGCCUCACCUGGACACUCGACCUCUUUUCUCUGGAUGCGCUAAGCGACGGAAACAUUCUCGUCGCUGUCGGUCUCCACCUCCUUCUCCCUCACUGGGAGAAGGGCCGUCUCCGGUGCUCGGCAGCCGACCUCGGGUUGUUCCUGCAGAACCUCCAGAGCCUGUAUCUUCCCAACGUGUACCACAACCGCGUCCACGCCGCCAUGGUUGCUCACCUCGCCCUCUUCCUGUCCCGGGCGGCGGGCUUGAGUCGGUGGCCUUCGCGGCGUUCGUCGGCCUUGUCAAUGAGGGAGGGGUCUCGCGCAGGCGCGCCAAUGCGGAUUUCGCCAGAGAGCAGCGACAGCAAAGAGCCGCGCGCCGGCAUAUGCUCCGUGUACUCUGCGCCUUCCGCUCCAUCACUUACAUCUUCUCCCGCUUCUGGCCUCAAACCGGAGUGUGCGCUUUCUUGCCUGGGAGGGCGCACAGACAUAAUGCACGCAAGCAGAAACACACACGUUUCUCUGAUGAGUUCUCCGUGUAUUUCGCUUUCGUCUCCUGCGUGCGACUCUGCCACCCCGCAUAGGAGCCGGCCAACUGGCCGGCGACCUCCAGACCCACUCUCUGCCCGAUCUUGCUCACAUUUUGAAAGCGCUCACUCGCCUGCGUGCCUGCUCCACCCUGGGACCCCGCUGGAUAAAAGAGGGGCUUUACUCCCUCCGGACUCUGUAGUGAGCCGCGGCGACAGCGAUGGAACUAGGCGAUUUGCCUCCUCGCUACUUCACUCGCGCUCUUUUCCCUGCUCCUGUGCCCGAAGCUACAGUCCGAUGGACGCCAGCCCUUCACGCCGCUCCACCCGUGGAGGUGAGGACCGGAACCGAGAGCGAGAAAGCAAAGGAGUCCGGGCAGACGAGGCGCGAGGAGCAGGCGACAGGAGAGGACGGACAUGGAGAGAAGCAGAGACGGCUGCUGCCUGUGAUGACAGCCCCUCCAAAGAACUUUCUGCAGGAGGCAAAUGCUGGCAGAGACCGGAAGAACCUCCGCCGCGUGAACGUUGGGCAAGCAGUCCUGGCGAGAAACAAAGGCGACGAAGCACUGCUCUUUUAUCUCCGAAACGCUCCACCGGGACGUCAGACGAGCGAGCAAAGACCGGCGACCACGCUGAAAAAGCUGCGCCAACGCGAAUGCUUGACGACGAGAUCAUCCUGUGUUUGGCGGCCCUGGGGCAUGAUGUAGGGCACCCUGGAUAUAAUAACGCGUUCCUAGUCGCAACCAACCAGCCUAUUGCUCUCGUGUAUGACGACAAUGCCGUUCUGGAGAACUACCACGCUUACAUUACCUUCCGGACGCUGACUUCUUUCUACUCCUCUGAGGCGAACGAUAGAGUCUCCGGAAGAGGAGGCGAAGGGAGUGUCCUUAGGGGCAUAACACCAGGAGAAUAUCGGUAUUUUCGGAAGCAUCUCAUUGAGCUGAUACUGGCGACUGAUAUGAGCCAACAUUUCAGCACGAUCUCAGCUGUUCGAGUUCGACGGGAAAAUCCCUCUUUCAACUUCACCAAGAACGAGGAGGACCGGUGGUUGAUGAUGAAGAUGUGUAUGAAAAUUGGAGAUAUUGGGCACGCUGCUCUCGAAUGGGAACAACAUUACGUGUGGUCUAUGAGGGUCACCGAGGAAUUCCUUCUUCAAGGAGAUGCGGAGUUGAAGGCGGGUCUUCCUGUGUCGCCGCUGUGCGACCGAAAUGCACCAGAGACAGACCUACAUAGAUCUCAAAGCAGCUUCAUUAACUAUCUCGUGGUUCCGCUCAUCAAGGAGCUUGUUGCCUGCCUAGACACGCAUCCUUGGAACCCCCCGCGAUCAAAUUCUUCUCACGCAAAAGCCACACUUACAGAGAAGAGCACUGAGAAACACUCGCUGCUAAAUGCAAUGGAUACAGCAGAUAGCAGCCAAUGCAGCGUGGUGAGAUCUUCACUUCGGCCAGAAAGCUCUACAAGCGCCACGCGCAGUCGACGAUGCUGUCAUCCCUAUAGAAGAAUCAGUCUGUCUCCCCAUCAUUACUACUGGGGGGAGGGCGUCGAUAAGGGGCAAGAUGCGCGGACACCGACAGUCGAGCUUUUCGCGUGCGUGUCUCCAGCUGAGCUGGUGAGGAAAGCUGUCCUUUCUCCGGCCUUGAGAAACGCGGAACGGUGGCUCUCCCGCGUACGGUCGUGCGAAGAGGGGACAGAAAAAAAAGCGGGUGCUCCCGGUGCGACGACGAACCGAGACAGUCGUCACGAGGGACAAUCUCCGGGCCUGAAAAAAAAAGAGGAAGUAGGUGAAGAUCAGAGCUGCAAGCCACAAAGACUUCUCUCGCUCUCACCUUUCUCCUCCGCACACUCUCAACGUCUUUCGCCAGGUUGCCAAACCCCCGCGGCUGGCACCAACCCUGCCUUAUUGUCAACGCCUAUGCAGCACAGCCGGCGUUUACUGAGACUGAAGACGUAUUCUCCGGCUCUCUUUAGGGGCCGAGACGAAGAGACGGAACGUGAGUGGAGAGGGACUCUUCGACGCGAUUAUGGGGAAGGCCAGCCCACCGCGGAAGACGAAACGGGCAAGAAACGCGGUGAGCAGGACACAGCUGGAAACCCGGCCAGAAGGCGCAGCUGCAUGACGGUCCAGGAGAACAAGAGGAGGAAACAAAAAGAGGAGGAACAGAGACAAGAACGAACCCGCGGUAGGGAAUUCCUGUUCAAGGGGUUCCUAAAGGGCGGAGACAAAAUAACAGAGCAUCCCACGCUCAAGCAUGGCCUCCCGAGGACGUCAGCUCAUAACGGUGCACAGCAUUCCGAAUCGCGUGAGUGCAGAGAUGAGGCAGAUAACGUUAUUUUAGCUAAGACGCAGAGCGCGGACAAGGGAUGCUCGCCGGGCCUCGAAGGCAACAACGAAGGUGCAAACGGCGGACGAACAGCAGAUGGUGGCAGGAGGCUGCACGUUGAUGCCAGCGCGGCGCAGAGGGAGCACGACGGACAAGAAGGGUCAGAGCACCUGGUCGCCGUGGCAAGUGUAUGA